CCGCACGUCAGCGGCCGUUGGGUCCUAUGUCACGUCGGGCCCUCCGGAGGCUGAGGGGGGAACAGCGCGGACAGGAGCCCCUCGGGCCCGGCGCCCUCCAGUUUGGCUUCCGUGAUGACGAUGAUGCGGAAGAAGAAGGACCAAAGCGGGGGCCAGGUGGCCGGCGCCCCCGGAGCCCAGGGAAGGAUCUUCUCUCCCCUCUGUUCCUGCAGAUUAACAUUGAGGAUCUUGAGGAGGGACCUGUGGUGAACGGGGAGAGGUCCGAUGGUCUGCGCACAGAAGCUGUGGUGUCGGGGAGCAAAAGGAAGUCCCAGAGUGGAAGUGCCGAGCCCAGGAAGGAUGGAGAGGUGGAUGACAGGACAGGGCCCCUGGAGCAGUCGAAUGUGAGUGGCAAACUCCGAAAGAAGAAAAAGAAACAGAAAAAUAAGAAAAGUUCUACAGGAGAAACUUCGGAAAAUGGGCUGGAAGACAUUGAUCGCAUCUUGGAGAGGAUUGAGGACAGCAGUGGCCCUCACCACCCCAGCCCACCGCCCCUGAGCUCGAGGAAGCACGUCCUGUAUGUGGAGCACAGACACUUAAAUCCAGACACAGAACUGAAAAGGUAUUUCGGUGCCCGAGCUGUCCUAGGGGAACAAAGGCCUCGGCAGAGACAGCGCGUGUACCCCAAGUGUACGUGGCUGACGACCCCUAAGAGUACUUGGCCCCGGUACGCCAAGCCAGGCUUGUCGAUGCGGCUGCUGGAGUCCAAGAAAGGCCUGUCCUGCUUUGCAUUCGAGCACAGCGAGGAGUACCAGCAGACGCAGCACAAGUUCCUGGCUGCCGUGGAGUCGAUGGAGCCCAACAACAUCGUGGUUCUGCUGCAGACGAGCCCAUAUCACGUCGACUCCCUGCUGCAGCUCAGCGACGCCUGCCGAUUCCAGGACGAUCAGGAGAUGGCGCGAGACCUCGUAGAGAGAGCGCUGUACAGCAUGGAGUGUGCCUUCCACCCCCUGUUCAGCCUCACCAGUGGGACCUGCCGGCUGGACUACCGCAGACCCGAGAACAGGAGCUUCUACCUGGCCCUCUACAAGCAGAUGAGCUUCCUGGAAAAGCGGGGCUGCCCGCGCACGGCGCUGGAGUACUGCAAGCUCAUCCUGAGCCUGGAGCCCGACGAGGACCCCCUGUGCAUGCUGCUGCUGGUCGACCACCUGGCCCUGCGGGCACGCGACUACGAGUACCUGAUCCGCCUGUUCCAGGAGUGGGAGGCUCAUCGCAACCUGUCCCAGCUUCCAAACUUUGCCUUCUCCGUGCCGUUGGCGUAUUUCCUGCUGAGUCAGCAGGCAGACCUCCCAGAACAGGAGCUCAGCUCGGCGAGGGAAAAGGCCUCUCUCUUGGUGCGACAGGCCCUCAUCAUGUUCCCUGGAGUUCUGAUGCCCUUGCUCGAGUGCUGCAGCGUUCGGCCGGACACCGCCGUCGCCUGUCACCCCUUCUUUGGACCCAAUUCCGAAAUAAGCCAGCCCCCUGCGCUGAGCCAGCUGGUGAGCCUGUACCUCGGGCGGUCCCACUUCCUCUGGAAGGAGCCCGCCAUCAUGAGUUGGCUGGAGGAGAAUGUCCGUGAGGUCCUACAGGCAGUGGAUGCUGGGGACCCCGCCGUGGAAGAGUGUGAGAACAGGCGGAAGGUGCUCUACCAGCGUGCGCCCAGAAAUAUCCACCGUCACGUGGUCCUCUCUGAGAUCAAAGAAGCUGUGGCUGCGCUGCCCCCGGAUGUGACCACGCAGUCUGUGAUGGGCUUUGACCCUCUGCCUCCUUCAGAUACCAUCUACUCCUACACCAGGCCAGAAAGGCUGAGCCCCGUCAGCCAUGGAAACACAAUCGCCCUCUUCUUCCGGUCACUUCUGCCCAGUUACACCAUGGAGGGGGAGAGGCAAGAGGACGGAGGGGCCGAGGGACUGGACCACAACCAGGGCUUGAACAGGCUGAUGCUGGCUGUGCGAGACAUGAUGGCCACCUUUCACUUCCAUGACCCAGAGGCUCCGCAUGAGGACCACGCCGAGGGGGACGGGGAGUGGGACUGAGCACACAGCUGCCACACCCACACUGUACAAUUAUGUUCCUGAUCUGUCUGGUCAGAAUUGACCAGUUCCCUGAAGUAAAAAUGCCAUGUCCGUCUGCC